AUGAGUGCUGCCUUGGGACGGAGUGCUGCCUUCGCUAGGAGUGCUGCCUUCGUACGGAGUGGAGCCUUUGCAAGGAGUGCUGCCUUCAAAACGAGGGCUGCCUUCGCAGGGAGUGCUGCCUUUGCAGGGAGUGCUGCCUUCGCAAGGAGUGGUGCGUACGCACGUAGUGCUGCCUUCGCACAUAGUGCUUAUUUUGCACAGAGUGCUGCCUUUACACAGAGUGCUGCCUUCGCAAGGAGUGCUCCCUUCGCAAAGAGUGCUGCCGUCCAAGGAGUGCUGCCUUCGCAAAGAGUGCUGCCUUCCAAGGAGUGCUGCCUUCGCAAGGAGUGCUGCCUUCGCAAGGAGUGCUGGGUUCGCAAGGAGUGCUGCGUUCAGUGCUGCCUACGCAAGGAGUGCUGCCUUCCUAAGGAGUGCUGCCACCGCAAGGUGUGCUGCCUUCCAAGGAGUGCUGCCUUCGUAAGGAGGGCUGCCUUGUCAGUGAGAGCUGCCUUCACACGGAGUGCUGCUUUUGCUAGGAGUGCUGCCUUCGCACAGAGUGCUGCCUUUGCACAGAGUGCUGCCUUUGCACAGAGUGCUGCCUUCGAUAGAUGUGCUGCAUUCGCACGUAGUGCUGCCUACGCAUGGAGUGCUGCCUUUGCACAGAGUGCUGCCUUUGCACAGAGUGCUGCCUUUGCACAGAGUGCUGCCUUUGCACAGAGUGCUGCCUUUGCACAGAGUGCUGCCUUUGCACAGAGUGCUGCCUUUGCACAGAGUGCUGCCUUUGCACAGAGUGCUGCCUUUGCACAGAGAGCUGCCUUCGCAAGGAGUGCUGCAUUCGCACGGAAUGCUGCCUUCGCAAGGUGUGCUGCCCUCGCAAGGAGGGCUGCCUUCGCAGGGAGUGCUGCCUUCGCAAGGAAUGGUGCCUACGCACUUAGUGCUGCCUUCCCACACAGUGCUAAUUUUGCACUGAGUGCUGCCUUCACACGGAGUGCAGCCUUCGCACGUAGUGCUGCCUUUGUACAGAGUGCUGCCUUCGCAAGGAGAGGUGCCUUCGCUAGGAAUGCUGCCUUCACAGGGAGUGCUGCCUUCGAAAGGAGUACUGCUGUCGCUAGGAGUGGUGCCUUUGCUAGGAGUGUUGCAUUCGAUAGGAGUGCUGCAUUUGCAGGGAGUGCUUCCAUCGCAAGGGGUGGUGCCUUCGCACAGAGUGCUGCCUUCGCAUGGAGUGCUAUCAUUGCGGAGAGUGCUGCCUUCGCAAGGAGCGCUGCCUUCGCAGGGACUGCUGCCUUCGCACGGAGUGCUUCCUUCGCAGGGAGUGCUGCCUUCGCAGGGGUGGUGCCUUUGCAAGGAGUGCUGCUUUCGCAGGGAGUGCUGCCUUUGCAAGGAGUGCUGUCUUCACAAGGAGUGCUGUCUUCACAAGGAGUGCUGCCUUCACAAGUAGUGCUGGCUUCGCAAGAAGUGCUGGCUUCGCAAGGAGUGCUGCCUUCGCAAGGAGUGCUGCCUUCGCAAGGAGUGCUGCCUUCGCAAGGAGUGCUGCCUUUGCUAGGAGUGCUGCCUUCGCAAGGAGGGCUACGUUCGCAGGGAGUGCUGAUUUCGCAAGGGGUAAUGCCUUCACAAGUAGUGCUCGCUUCGCAGGGAGUACUGCCUUUGCAAGGAGUGCUGCCUUCCAAGGAGUGCUGCCUUCGCAGGGAAUGCUGCCUUCGCAAGGAUGCUUUCUUCGCAAGGAGUGCUGCCUUCGCUAGGAGUUCUGCCUUUGCAAUGAGGGCUGCCUUCGCAGGGGGUGCUGCCUUUGCAAGGGGUGGUGCCUUCACAAGGAAUGCUGCCUUCGCAGGGAGUGCUGCCUUUGCACAGAGUGCUGCCUUCACAAGGAGGGCUGCCUUCGCAUGGAGUGCUGCGUUCUAUAGGAGUGCUGCCUUCACAGGGAGUGCUGCCUUUGCAAAGGAUGGCGCCUAUGCACGUAGUGCUGCCUUUGCAAGGAGUGCUGCCUUCGCAAGGAGUGCUGCCUUCGCAAGGAAUGCUCCCUUCGCAAAGAGUGCUGCAUUCCAAGGAGUUCUGCCUUCGCAAGGAGGAGUGCUGCCUUCGCAAGGAGUGCUGCCUUCCAAGGAGUGCUGCCUUCGCAAGGAUUGCUGCCUUCGCAAGGAUUGCUGCCUUUGUAAGGAGUGCUGCCUUCGCAAGGAGUGCUGCCUUCGCAAGGAGUGCUGCCUUCGCAAGGAGUGCUGCCUUCGCAAGGAGUGCUGCCUUCGCAAGGAGUGCUGCCUUCGCAAGGAGUGCUGCCUUCGCAAGGAGUGCUGCCUUCGCAAGGAAUGCUGCCUUCGCAAGGAGUGCAGCCUUCGCAAGGAGUGCUGCCUUCGCAAGGAGUGCUGCCUUCGCAAGGAGUGCUGCCUUCGCAACGAGGGCUGCCUUUGCAGGGAGUGCUACCUUUGCAGGGAGUGCUGCCUUCGCAAGGAGUGGUGCCUUUGUUACGAAUGCUGCCUUCGCACAGAGUACUGCCUUUGCACGGAGUUCUGCCUUCGCACGGAGUGCAUCCUUCACAAGUAG